CGGAUGAGGAACACCAUCAAAAUGUGGCAGCGGCAGCGGUGGCCAGGCCUCGGCCCCAAGCUGAAGAGCGGGGAGAUAGGAUGCCAAGGCGCCGGAGGAACAUGGGAAACCGGAUGAUGGCCCAGAGGAGAGCACAGCAGGCGGAAGACUGGCUGGAAGAGGAAGAGGAUGCUGAGGAGGUGCCAGAAUUUCAGGUGCCUGGGAAAAUUGGAGCAAAGAAGCAGAGGAAAUUAGAAGAGAAACAAGCCAGAAAAGCACAGAGAGAGGCUGAAGAAGCAGAACGAGAAGAACGGAAAAAACUUGAGUCAAAAAGAGAGGAGGAAAGGCGGAAAGAAGAGGAGAGAAUACGUCUCGAGGAAGAACGACAGGAAGAGGAAAAAAGGAAGGCAAAGGAAGAAGAAGAGAAGAGAGAGUAUGAAGAAUACCUGAAGCUGAAGGAGAAUUUUGUCGUUGAAAAGGAAGGGGUUGAAGAAUCAAUGACAGAGGAAGAGUCUCGCAGCUUUCUAAUGGAAUUUCUCGAAUACGUUAAGAAAACAAAGGUAAUCCAGCUGGAGGACUUGGCUUCGCAUUUGGGUUUAAGAACACAGGAUGCAAUUAACAGAAUCCAGGACCUGAUGGCCGAUGGCACUCUAACAGGUGUGAUUGAUGACAGAGGAAAGUUCAUCUACAUCACUCCGGAGGAGAUGGCAGCCGUGGCUCGGUAUAUCAAACAGAGAGGACGCGUCUCCAUCGCAGAGCUGGCCCGAGCGAGCAAUUCCCUCAUCAACCUCCAGCCCGACAGCCGAGCCGCUGCUCCGACUGUGGCGUGA